AUGUCGACACCACACAAGUCAAGGUCGGACCUCGUCGCCGUGAAGGGCUACUCUGGCAGAAAUCUGGUUGUUGUCGAAGUGAAGAGUCCACUAACUGCCUUCUCUGAUCAGCAUUUCGCUGAGGCUAUGGCACAGGCAGUAACAGCAAGUCUUCAUACCAAAGGGGACCAACGUUUUAUCAUGACCGACUCGAAGCGAUGGAAGUUUUGCGUCUACCAACGAGAGACCGGGAAAUGUUACGUUUCGUCGAUACUGGAUGCUAGUGACGAUGGAGCCGAAAUCGUUGUAACGGCUCUUGACGAAUGGAUCACGUACGUUCACCUCAGGGACUUUGGAAGCUUGGAAUAG